AUCGCAGAGGCGACACGCAUCCUCCUCCUCACACCACUGACCUGAGCUCCUGAGCUUAGCCGUGUCCUGACUGCAUGCGUGUACGCGGGUGUGUGAGCGGGAGUGUGAGUGAUGCCCUUAGUCGGCCAGCAGCGGCAGCAGCAGCAACAGCAGCAGCAGCAGCAGCACCAUGGAGGAUCUCAAGGAGAACUUUGGAUUUCCGCUCGGGAAUAACGCGCGCUCGACCUGAAAGCUCGCCAGGCUGCACGUUUCGGAUCUACUGGUUUGGAUGUUGUCCCUCUUUGCACCUUUUCUACACGCUGGGAUUUUACAUUUGCUUUCCGAGUGUCUUUCUGGGCGUGCAAAAUGCCUUUCGCCAAAAGGAUUGUGGAGCCCCCGCUUCUGUGCAGGCACCAGAUCCCCAACGAUGAGGGGAUGCUCUUCGAGGACCUGUGCGCCAUCAGCAACGUGGUUCUGUCCCGGACCUUGCGACAGCUGUCCGACCUGGCCCGGCACGCCUGCUCCUUGUUCCAGGAGCUGGAGAACGACAUCGUCAGCACCAGCCAGCGGGUUUGGGGGCUCCAGAACAAAAUAGGCCAGAUCCAGCAGCACGCCAGUGCCCUGGACCCCAAAAAGGAGGCAGUGCCCGUGUCAAACUUGGAUAUAGAGAGCAAGCUGUCAGCCCACUAUGAGGCCCCAUGGCACCAACAACACAAUGUGUUCCAUCCUUGCACCCGACCGCCAUGUCUGGAGGAGCUACACAAAAAUGCCCAGUUCAGCCUCCGAGCCCUGCACAGAGACGAAAAACAGAAUGAGCGCUCCACGAGUCGGGAGAAGAACAGAGUAACCAUCUCCAUCUCGACGGUGCCCCCAAUACCAACCUUCCCCUCACCGCAUUCUAUUAGGCGGCAACAGAGAAGCCGGUUGGCGCGAGCGCAAGAAAGAGAAGAGCGAGAACGAGAGUUAGACUAUCAACCCAGAAAGGAGAGGAUGGUGAGAGAAACCGAAAUCCAAACCGUUCAGAGAAAAGAGAGACCAAGCAAAGAAGCAGAUAUUCAGACAGUACAAAGAAAGUUUGAGUGCUUUUACUCACUUCAUCCUAUCGACGGAUGCAUCUUUAUGCCAUGGAAUCGAAAGGCUACCUCAACGGGCAAGGGAGACGAUGAUGAGACGUUAACGGGUCACAUAGCAAAGACUUCAGCAGCUGCGGUACCCUCCACGCAAGAAAAAGAAACCAAAUGGUCAAAGGAAAACACAUCCCACUCUGAUCAGAAGACAACUUCUGAGGAUUCACGUGCCGUCUCCUCAUGUAUCAUCCCCAUCAAUGUCACAGGAGUUGGAUUUGAUAGAGAGGCCAGUGCACGCUGCUCCCUUGUCCAUUCUCAGUCAGUUCUUCAGAGAAGACGGAAGUUGAGGAGGAGGAAAACUAUCACUGGAAUACCCAAACGAGUACAACAGGACAUGGACUCAGAUGAAUCACCAGUAGCAAGAGAGCGGACAGUAAUUGUCCAUGCCAAUCCGCACCAACUCUCGCUGUGUCACGAAGACUUCUCAAUUAGUGGUCGCCUUCACCACACUCGAGACUCUGGCUGCCAAACAGAUGAUUUCCUCAUAGCAUGUACAGCUGCGCCUUCCAGGAGACGCAUUAGAGCUCAACGAGGACAUCAGGGCAUCCCAGCAUCUCUGUCCCACUCAACAGGCAACAUUUCUUCCAUCGGUGACCAGUCCGACUCCACAUACACAAAUACUGCCACUCACACCGGACGAUUGCGAUCUCGUAGUCUUCCACGAGAAGGUGGCCGUCUGAUGGACAGCGAUGAGGAUGACGAUGACAAUUACGAUGAUGAUGAUGACGAUGACGAGGAAUUGUCACCCUACGAAGCGGAGGAUUUUAUUCCUUCUGGCCCAAGUCCGAGGAUGAAAAUGAUGAUGAUGAAGGAUGAAGAGGAGAGCACUGAUGACCAGGCAGCUCCUGAGCCACUGCAACUAGGGAGCCUAAAACGGUUGCAGCGAUCUGGGGAAAGAGAUAGAGGAGGAGGGAGCCCAGAGCAUUGCUGGAUGGAGAGAGGCCGUUCUCGCUUGCCCCGCAAAGCUGACAUGGGCAGCUGUGAGAUCUCUUCAAGUUCUGAUACUUUUAGUAGCCCGAUUCACUCAGUGUCUACAUCUGGAGUACUGAGUAGCCAUGUAGACCACAAGGAAGACCAUCAGUCAUCAAGUGGCAAUUGGAGUGGUUCCAGUUCUACCUGCCCAUCCCAAACCUCUGAAACUAUCCCUCCACCUUCUUCACCACCACUUACAGGCUCAUCGCACUGUGACUCUGAGCUAUCACUCAACACUGUACCCAACACCAUAGAUGAGGGAUUUUCACUGGACCCCGCGUACCAUUCUGAGAUGAGACCUCAAGGACCAGGCCAAAGGUCGAGUUCAUUCACGUCCUCAGCAACAGACCAGCUGGAUGAUGCAGGGGUUAGUACAGCUAGUGAGGGGGAAUGGGCAUAUCCUCCAGAUCAGGACCAUCUUGACGCAGACCAAUACAGUGAACAGACCCAAAAUCUAUGUCCAGCCCAGGACUAUAACUCCAAGCAAGCUCUCGAAGACCAAACAUGUUACAGCGAAAAAAGCAACAACACUGACAAAGACACUGGCUCUCAUUACUUGUCUGAUGCAGAGGGUUACGCAUCUGAGCAAUUAGGGAAAAGUAAUCAGAGUUACAGAGACUACAUAUACAACUAUGCAGACCUAGGAACUUGUUGUGGACAAGCCAACAUCGUGGCAGCACACCCGAUAUCCCAUGGUGUUUACCCCUCAACCUCACCUGACUACAGGACAGGCACUAUGACGCUGGGAAGGCCCUGCCGUCCACUGAGGAAACCCAAACUUAAACCACCGCCGCCUAUGCGAACAUCCUCCCUGAAAGAGGCUAGUAGUAGUGUUGAUGUAGGAACAGACACACAGGCAGAUCAAGACCAACCAAAGAUGGUUAGUGAGCAAGACCUUGCAUUGUCUUCCACGGAUAUCAAGUUGGAACUGGAACUUGGAGGCAUUCCAGAACCGUUAGAGACAUCUUGUCUUGUGGCAGAGCCUAUGGGAACGUGGGUAAUGGGAUUAGGAGAAACUGUUGACAUAGUGGAACCCAUGUCCUUUAGCUCAGCAGACACACACUCAUUUAAGGAUGAAGGAGCUGUGCAAUCUGACUAUGCAGACCUGUGGCUUCACAAUACGGAGUUGAAGUCCAACAAUUGUGAGUACAAAUCCCUAUCUAACUCAAGUACAGCAACAGGCACAACUGUUAUGGAUUGUAUGAAAUCACCAGACAGCUCUUCCUCCUCCACUGACACACAAUCCCAGACUCUUUCCCAGUCUUCUGAGACGAGACCUGCUAGUCCACCUCACCCACCUGGAGACUUCAAACUUGGAUCACCUGAGAAGUUGGCUGGCCUGGCAUCCCCAUCCAGUGGCUAUUCAAGUCAAUCAGAAACACCAACUUCUACUUUGCCCUCAACUUCAGCAGCAUUCUUUCCAGGACCGCUGUCCCCCUCUACCGGCAAAAGAAAGCCUAAAGUGCCCGAGAGAAAAUCUUCUCUUUCAUCCUUGCAACACCUUCCCAGGGAUGUAACUUCUAUUGCCUCUGCUUACAAGAGAGACCCAGACUUCCCACCUCCACCUUCUCAGCUUGAUCUUAAUAUUCUUCAUGGUGGGUAUGUCAGACAUUCACUGUCACAUAGAACACCACACCUGCACACACUUCACCACAGCAAACACAGAUUAGCAAAUGUUAUUCCAAGUGGAACAAAGAUGAUAGUCAAUGACACCAUAAAUACAAAUCCCCCACCAUGUGAAAACUCUGCUGUUUUGAUUCCAAGCUCAAACUUGUUGGCGAUAACGCCAUCAAUUCUCCGUUCAGUCCAGCUUCACUCGGUAAGCAAAUCUAGCAAUGUCAUGACCAGCACAGACCUUGAGUCUACAAGUGGCACAACAACUGUUACCAAACCCAAAUUUCCUCCUAGUGGUGCCACUCUAGCACCUCCCCCAAUCAACACUAGGCCGCUUCCUCCUCGCAGACCGCCCCCUAGACCUCCAACUCAGGACCACACCUCGUCCCCUGAUCAUGCUCAGCCCCCACCACCAGGACGUCACCCCGAUGGGCCUCCAUCUUAUGAAAGCCUAUUACUUAGACAAGAUCGAUACGGGCCUGGAACGUUCUGGUCAAUGACAGCAUUCAGGACCCGUAUAGAUCCAUUUUCAGAACUAUCUGAUGACAGUUCGCCUUUGCAUCGACCAGUGCCACGAGCCCCUCAUCCUUCACCAGUGGAUCUACACACACAUAUCCGCUCACACACAGAGUUUAGAGGGCUCACGCAUUCAGCUCGCGCACACCCAGAGUUUCGGAUUUUGGGGGAACGUUCUUUUUCCCAAGAUGAUGAUGAUGAUGAUGAAGAUGAGGAAGAAGAGGAACAAGUAAAAGAAUCACAGAGGGCCACAUGUCACAGGGUGGGCAUGCGAUCAGAUCACCCUCCCCCUCCAGCCUAUGAUUUUGCCGGAGGAUCCCACCUGGACUCAGGGCCCUGGACUAGUCCAGCCAAAGUGCCUGGUACCACAGUGGAGACAUCGCAUCCUUACCUAAUCAGCGAUGCAAGAAGGGUAAGACAAGUGGUGCAGGAAGAAGAAGAAGAGACAUCAGGUGCUACCAAAAGUGCCCAUCACCUGCUGCCACAUGACAAUAAGGACGACUCCACCACCCCUGAAACAGAAGACUACUUCAGUAAAGAUUCUACACCAACAGACAACUCACUUUCCCCUUUGACGGAUGACCCCAAAUUUGAUGAUGAUAUUACAACAUCCCCCAACAAGUCCAGAACAACCGAGGAUCUGUUUGCCAUGAUACACAGAUCAAAGAGAAAGGUCCUGGGCCGUAAAGAUUCAGGAGACCUAAAUGUGAAGUCUCGUCUUUGCCCCGCAGUACCAGUGAAUCCCAACAGUGUCACCAAUGCCAUUAUGCCACCACCCCCUCCACUCAACACCCCCGUCACCAUAGCCAGUGCUUCUGGCUCACAACGUGUCCCUGUUCCAAUCUACCGCAGCGCAAAGAAAUCCAGUACAUCCAGUGAGGAGUUCAAACUACUGUUGCUUAAGAAAGGAAGCAGAUCUGACUCAAGUUACCGCAUGUCGGCCACAGAAAUUCUGAAGAGCCCUAUAACUCCAAAAACCCAUGGGGAGUCCAUUUUGGAAGGCCCCUUAUGUCAAGCUGAAGAGGCACCCUUAGUGCACCAGGAAUCACCACUUUCUAACUUAGACCCAAUCCAGAUACCAGGCCUCUUUCCCAGGGCCAACUCUGAGAGCUUCACCCCGAAAAUACUGCCUAUGACUGCUGCAUCUCGACAGGGACGUUCUCGGGUCCCACCAGUAGCCAACAGUAGUCGCUAUAGUACUCGUAGCCGCCUCUACACUGCUCCCAUGCAAGCCAUUUCUGAAGGGGAGACAGAGAACUCAGAUGGAAGUCCCCAUGAUGAUAGAUCGUCUUAAAAUUUGUUGACAGACAUUCGCUUUUUUUAAGUGGCCCCAUUCCUACUUUUAUAAUAUUGGGUGUCAGUUGAUGCCUUUGGCCUAUUGCACCCCAAAAUCUGACUGUUGCUAAAAUGUGCCCAGUAUUUGGAGCUGCAAUGGAAUUUUUGGGUUUCAGAUGUUGCGAGAAACUGAAUGACAAAGGGUCAUUAAAACAUGAAGAAAAAAAAAACGUUUACUACAACUAUAUAAAAAAGCUAACACACUCAUAGAUAAAAUACCUAUUUUGAUUCAACUGUCUUUUAUAUAUCUAUAUUAAAAAAAGAGUUGCAAAUUAAAGAUAUGACAUUUGGUGAAAGGACUGCAUGUACAAGAACAUGCAAGAUUCACUGAUAUUUGUACUUCCUGUCUUGUGCGGUGUGGGCGUGUGUGUUGUUGAGGAAUUGCUUUCUUACAAAAUUGAAAAUUCAUACAAAUGUAAUAUUCUUCCAGCUGUUGGUGCCCAAAGCAGUAACCAGACUUUGCAUAAGCGCAUUAUAAAUAUUCCUGCCAACAAGCAAGGUUUGUCUUGUGCUUGGGUUCCAAAAUGCUCUUAACACAAGACCAAGUUUUCCAUUAUUUCCAUCAGCAGACCUGGGAUCAAGAGCAUACCAUAAAGACAUCCACAUAUUUCUUCACAUAAAUUGUAUCCUGAAAUUGAAUAUGAUGCAUGUAUUUUUGUAAAACGUCUCAGAACAUGAUAACGUUUCAUCAUGUUGCAUGACCCUUAUGGAAACAUCCCCUAGAUUCUUAACUGUCAACAUUUUCGUGGUUCCUUUUUAUCGUAGGAAUAACGAUCCUGUGAAAAGAUUUAGUGACAUUUGUAACACAUCGCCAUUGAUCUAAAGUGAUUUUUCUGGGAUUUUUAAGGCGCAAGGGGCCCAUUACUAUAAGUAGACAAGGUCCAAUUAUAGAAGACUUUGGGACAAUCGCACAGUGGCCUUUCUCUGCUAGAUUUGCUUGUGGCAGGGGUUCCCAACCUAUUCCACUAAGGCACACUGUGGGUGCAGGAUUUCAUUCUUACCAAACAAGAUGACAACACUUUUUCCCCAAUCUGGUGUUUUACAAGUGCAAUCAGUUGAUUGCAGUCAGGUGUGGCUUGUUUUAGCAGAAGCCUCAUUGGUUCAACUGUCUCUGCUGGAUCGGCUGGAACAAAAACCAGGACCCACAGUGUGCCUUGAGGACUGGGUUGAAAACCCCUGGUUUAGGGUGACUCUACAAUGACCCUGGCUAGAAUCAUAUUUUAAACUAAGCUUAAAACUGUGUCAUGCUGUUUUCACGUAAAGCAGAAACGAAGCAUUUCAAGGCAGUUUUAAAAGCACCAUUCAGUUCAAAUGGUGAAAAUGCUUUAGAGGGUCCUAAAUCGGGUUUACCAGAGAGUCAUUUGCAAAGCUUUCCAAUAACCGACCUCUCUUUUGCACUUGAUGAUUCUUCAAGAAUAUUGAAAAAAAGCUAUAUCUUAUAAGGAAAAUACAUAUGUAUAUUUGUAUUGAAUAGAAAGUCAUAUCUAUAUAAAACAACGUGAAAAAAAAUUUAACAAGCGUGUAGCAAAGAAGAACAGGUCUCAUUGACAUGACAUACAAAUCUUAACAAUGAAUACUGUUCUCUCCUAGUUGCCUAUCCUUCAUUUGCACUGACCCAGUAGCAUGAGACAGGUGAGAGCUCAACCAACGUCCGGUGGUGACCAUUUCAUCUUAACUGAUAAACAUCGAUUAUAUUGUACACACUCCCCCAACUUUUAAAAGUAUUCAUUGAAAAACAUCAUUGACUGGCUCUUGUCUUUCAACUCUAUUUUGUAAUACAGUUUUCCUCAGUCGCUUUGGUACGUUUGUCGGAUCAUUCUCUCCAUUUCCAUAACAAUUUGUGCAUUUCUCAAAACAAUUAGUACAAGCAGCAAAACACCACUGAUUCUCUGCAAAAUCCAGUACGUGGCUCAAAAUCCUUAGUCCAUCGCUCAAAAUCAAAUGUAUGUUUCAAUGAACAUGUCGGUGCUAUCAGAAUGAUAGUCCUUGUGUCAUUGUGUUUGAACAAGACAGUCAAAUUUUGGAUUGAAAUUGUUCUCCCAACAUUUGGUUGCACUCUUCUACCAGCUUCAGACAUUGUAAGGCAAUGAUUGAGAAUACCUGUAUGAUCUACAAGUGUUGCUCUUAUCUCAUCAGGAACGUGCAUAUGUCCUCUCCCUCCUCUGCCUCACCUCCCAAGUCCUCCGCCACCCACCCAUAGGCGGAGUUUGACUUUUGGGGCGGGGGGGCACAACAUGUUGAUGACCCCGAAACGCAGUGUCAGCAAUAAAAUUAACUUACAAGAAUAUUUAUAAUAAUAAGUUGACAAUGAGUGUUUUUUUGUUUCAUAUCAUCCUUGAGGGGAAUUCUAAAUCAGGCUGCUUAGGCAAUACUUUUCGCCAAGAUCGUCAUCCAUUGAAUAUGGUAAGGCCGCCGGUGUCGUGCCAAUGUAGUUACCCCAGUCAUAAAUUGUAUCCCCUGGGUGGAGCCAUAUGGAGGUAGAUUUGUGUCUUUAUUAUUCAAUCAAAAAAACGUUGCUUCAGUCAAAAUAUAUAUUUUCAACCCAAAAAAAGUCGCUUUAAUCUAAAAAAAAAAAAAAAAAUGUGUUUGAAUGCAAAAAUAAAUUUGAAACUCAAAAAAAUGCAUGCGAAAGCUAUUUUUCUUUGAUUUUUUUUUGGGGGGGGGGUGUUGAAGUCAAGUUUUUUUUUUAAUUGAAGCAGCUUUUUUGCUUGAAGUAAUGUUGUACUUGUGUUUGGGCCACAUUUUGGCUAGGACAUUUUUGUCAUUAUUCACUCAAAAAGUUGCUUCAAAAAAUCUAUAUUUUCCACACACAAAAAAUCACUUCAAUCAAAAAAAGACAAAUUUCAAAGAUGGUAAAAGAUUUUGAAUGCGAAAAAAAUAGAGAUUGAGAUAUUUGCAUUUGAACACUUAAUUUUUCUUCGAAAAUGUUUUCGUUGAUUGAAGCAAUCCUUUUUGUGUUUGGGCCAUAUUAUGGGCAAGCCAUUUAUGUCUAAAUCAUUUAAUCCCCCCAAAAAUUUUCAAUCAAAGAAAAAAAAAAUUAUUUGAAGAUUUUUUUUGUGUGUGUGAGAAAUUUAUAUGCAAAGCAAAUGACCGUCUAUGUUGCUAGUCACCUGAUCUGUUCGAAAAAUAAUUUUGACCCAUAUGAAAUUUUUUUUUGUUCAUUUCAUUCAUUUUUGUUGCAGUUUUAUUGCUUUGCAACGUUUAUAUAUAUAGACAAGUCAAUUACAUGCAAUGACACUUUUCGGCCACCAGGGGGGGACUGGCCCCCCGGCCCCCCUUAAUAUUCGCUUAUGCACCCACCUCCUCUUCCUCUUCUCUCUGGCUGUUGACCCUGUCCAAAUGUUUGUCCUUUUCUUACCAAACAUUGUUGUGCACUAACCAUACAACUUCAGGAUGACAUGUUCAGCCAUUUUGCGUGUAAAGACUUCUGCAAUGAACUAAUGCCUAAAGGUCGUGGGAGUUGGGAGGGGGUGAGACUAUUCAAUAGGAAAAUCAGAGACAUUUGCAUGGAUUUACCGAUGCAUUUGCAACUUGUUCAAAGAAACCGGAACUUUUUUUUUAUGUGCACAAGUGACAAAAUGUUGUUGAACAUUGAACAAGUAGUUUUCAGAAUUUCAAGUAUGAUCUGAGAAAUGUACCAAAGCAACUGAGUUAAGAUAACCUUCAGAUUCUAAACGCAGUCCAGCAGUGCACUAAAAACAAUAACUAAAGAAAUAUAAAUAUAUUUGAACUCUUUCACUGCCAUUGACAUCAACCCCUGUUAAUGGCAGCGAAUGAGUUAAGGUUACCGUUAAUAUUCCCAGAAGAAAUAUAAUGCAAAACACUACCAAGCCACGCUGGCCAAAGUAAUUCCAAGGAAAAGGACCAAAGCUGUUCAAAGCUUGAACUCUCACCUGCCUAUCACAGCAAACAUAUACUCAUAUUCAGAGACCGCACUUCAAUAGGAACCAUUCACUGUAUUCUGUGAAUACCUCAGCAAACAUCUUACUCUUUUACUGUAAAUGGAGAUAGAUAGAUAGAUAGAUAGAUAGAUAGAUAGAUAGAUAGAUAGAUAGAUAGAUAGAUAGAUAGAUAGAUAGAUAGAUAGAUAGAUAGAUAGAUAGAUAGAUAGAUAGAUAGAUAGAUAGAUAGAUAGAUAGAUAGAUAGAUAGAUAGAUAGAUAGAUAGAUAGAUAGAUAGAUAGAUAGAUAGAUAGAUAGAUAAAGACAAACAUACUCAGCGAAAUCUAAAACUACAGAACUGACACUGUGUAAGUUGGAGUGAGUAAAAAGCUGUGAAUUGCUCAUUUUCCACUCAUUACAUCCACAUGGCUUCAUGGAACUUGCUCCUGACCAUUAUUUUUAUAUUUUUGUCGUGUUUUUAUCGCAUGCAAUAAGACACAAAUGACAAAAGGGGAGGGGCACCACCAUAUGAUUAUUUUUAUCUGAGGGAUGUCUCCAGAUAAGAAAAGAAUUUGUAUUUUCUGUUCUAUUGUCAAGUUCAAUAGUGUGUUCAAUAGGUGUACAAACUGUCUGGCUAAUUCUGUUUCGUAUAGUUGUGAUCACAACAGGGGUUUAUCUUGUACUGUAUAUCUUACUCACUGGACAAUCAUAUGUUUCAGAAGACUGAAAAGAAAAUGUUAUAGGUAAUUUGGAAAACUUGUGGUGCUGGUCCUAGUCUUUGUUGAGCUGCAAAAGUUGGCGUGAGAGGUGUUUUUUACUUUCAACUGGGGAAAAAAUGAUGAAAUGAUCAAAAGUGACUUAGUUGUUCUACUUUUAUUUGUUCUACUUUUGUUUGUUUCGAUUUUUAUUCGUUUUAAAACUUGAAUUCCCAUUAAUUAUGAAUGAACCCUUGGGGUGAAUGGGUGAUAUCUGCCACUUGAAGAAUGCAAUGUGAAAAUUCGAUUGUAGAACAACAACAAAACUCAAGCAUUGAAUAUUUGUCUGGUGUUUUUGUUUUCCAUACUGUACCUGCCAUUUAUCCCAAUGGUGUACUGCCACCAUUUAUAUCAUUUCUAAAUAUUCAGUGGAUAAAUGACUAACGCCAUUGCAUAUGAAAGACAAGGUGUGAGUUCAACAUUUGAAAUUAAUUCUAGCUCUCAUUUAUAAAACCACAUUUUACAUGGGAGUAUAACAACAACAAAGAUUCUUAAAUUCAUGAAUAUUUUGCUCCAAGUGUUUCAGUGUUUGCAUACAAUUUUGCUCUAAUGAGAUGAAACGGGCACUGGACAUUUUUUUCAAAGGUGUACAGUAUGGAAUAGCACUAAAAAGAGUUUAAAAUUUCAAAUAUAUGUGAGAAAAUACGCAAGCAUAACUGUCUAUUUAAAAAAAAAUGUUCAAGUUUAAAGGUAGCUAGGACAUAACAGAUUUGAAUCAUUUUUGUAUUUUUGUAUAAACCUGUAAAUACAUUUUUAAAAGAAAACAAUGUUGAAAUUCUUCUUUUUUUGUAA